GGUCUAUUAGCUGGAUCACUUUUUUCAGGAUCUUGUUGAUAAUGCCACUGAUAACAACUAUCUGCCCAGUAGCAUUCGAUUUAUCAAACGAUUAAGACCGUGACUGUGUUAACCUCAUCAUCAGCGGAGGAGAGUUAGUACAGUUGCUAUUUUGAGUCUGACUGACCUACGGCACUGUUGGUGCCAUUGUGUAGCAUUCGCACAGUGCUUCUCGACUGCCCGAAAUGCCACAGAUACGUCCGAUUUCUCCACAGCUGGCGGAGGUGGCGAAGCAAGAGCUCAACGAAGAUGCGUCCCAGGUCGAAAGUCAUCUGCAAGUGAUCAGAUCGUGGCUGGCCGAGCUCGAUCUACGAUCCAGCCUGGUUGACGAUCAGUUUUUGGUGGCGUUUCUGCGCGGCUGCAAAUUUAGUCUGGAGAAAGUGAAGAAAAAGGUGCUGCUGUUUUAUCAGAUACGGUCCGAGCUUCCGCAAGUGAUCCAAAACCGUGACCCUUACGAUAGUGAGGUGCUCAAAAUCAUACGCAUGGGCGUGGGGAUCCCGCUACCGAGCACGACGAAACCGACCGAUCCGAAGCUGUUUCUUAUACGCGUAGGAUGCUUCCAGGUGGGCCACUGCACGUUCGCAGACAUAAUGAAGGUGGGCACGAUGAUCAACGAUAUUGUGAUGCGCGACGACGACCAGAUGGUGAUCUGCGGGAUGGCGCUCAUAAUCGACCUCAAGGGAGUGACCGCUAGCCAUCUGAUGCACUUCGAGAUGGACCUGCUGAGAAAGGUGGCCCUACUGAAUCAGGACGCUUCGCCGCUGCGCAUGCAGGGCAUCCACAUCCUGCAUCCACCGUCCGGGGCGCAAACGGCGUUGAACAUUUUUAAUGGAUUAUUGUCGGAAAAGAAUCAGCACAAGCGGAUUUACACGCAUGGGCGUGAUUUAAAGUCAUUGCAUGACCAUUUCUCGCCUAAAAUACUUCCCAAGGAGUACGGUGGUGAGCUGGCAUCGAUCGAUACCAUAGCUAAACAAUGGGAGACUAAACUCUUAGAUAACCGUAGCUACCUGCUUGAUAUGGCGCUAAUGCACGCGCAACCUUGUUCUUCGCCAGCUCCGGAUGGAAAGAAUGGCUCGGCUAGCAAUACUUUCGGAGUCGAGGGGAGUUUCCGGAAGCUAGAUUUCGACUAGACCGGGGAGUUGUAUCAAACUGUAAGGAUGGUUGUGUGAGUAUCGCUAAAGCCAGCCCAACUACUUGAGGGAAAGGUAGUUUGGAACACCCAAACCC